GGAGGGCGAGGAGGAGGCCGAGUCGGAGGGCGAGCUGGGCAAUGACGAGGACCUGGACGAGAACUGCAUCGUGUGCAUGGACCAGCCGCGCGACGCCACCGUGAUGCCGUGCCGCCACAUGGUUCUCUGCAGCCGCUGCGCAGGCGCGCUGCGCUACCGCACGGACGUGCAGCACCGCUGCCCUAUUUGCCGCACAGAGAUCGAGUCCGUCCUCGAGGAGGACGAGCAGCUUGAAAAGGCAAUGCUCGAGUUGCCGUGGGGCUUCCGCUGAGUAUGGGUGCAUGCUCACGAAUGGUUAUAGGGGGAGAGAGGAA